CAUAAACACACACACGCCCGGAUGGAUGACUUCACUGUUCCGCCCGGGUUUCCUUUAUGAUCGCGGGAUCUCCCGUAUCUUACAGCAGACUUCACCUGACCGCUGGUGUAGCCGUGCACUCAGCCGCGCGCUCUCUCUCUCGCUCACUCGCUCUCCCCAGAACGACUCACUCUGCACCGAGCACUCCAGUCCCAUUGGAAGUUGGCGGUGCGAGGAGUCUGACAUUUACGCGCAGGGAUAUCUACGUAUAAAGAAGUGCACUUGUUUUGCGGGGAUAGUUGCCAUAUCCACCGUAGCUGCCUAUACAGUUCUAUAGCGCCUUCUGCGUCGCGAGCCCGUCCUUAACAGCAGCCAUGUCCGAGGUUCUGCCGUACGGAGAGGGGAAAAUGAGCGGAUACGGAGGGGACAACGAUGUCAGUCAGAUGUCCUUCAGCUGCGGGCUGCAGGACACCAACUCGUUCUUCGGAGCGUCGCAAGCGAAAAGACCUCCAAAACUUGGACAGAUCGGCAGGGCGAAGAGAGUGGUCAUCGAGGACGAUCGAAUAGAUGAGGUGCUGAAAGGCAUGACCGACAAAUCAUCACCGGGCGUUUAAACCCGCGCGAUGCCUUGCAGACAUUUCAAUUUUUUAUCACCGAUUCGAAGCACUUGUCGGUUGUGCAUGUGAAGAAGAUUGCAAAGAGAUGGGGGGACGGUGGCACGACGCUCGAACCACGAGGAGACUAAACAAAAAGGGCAAACGAGAAUUAAAGAAGGGAGAGACGGAAUUUCCUUUGGGGUUUGCUGGCAAUUCUCCAAUAUAAACGACACCCGAAUGAAAGCUUUGAGGAAGAUGUCGGAGAUGUUGUUGUGGCUGCGCGCGCUGCGGCUUUGUGAAUAAAGAUGGAUGGACUUGUCAUUAUUAUUCCACGACCAUCAUCUUCCAAAAGCGCUGUAAGCAACGCGAAGUUCAACCGAAGACUGAACCGCAUCUUAAGCUCUGUUACUAUAGCUGUACAGUAUCUUUGCUCAAAGACCUUCCCCUUCAGUCACACAAACAAACAAACAAACACACACACACACACACACACACACACACACACACACACACUCACGUAUAUGGAUCUGCCUUGAGCGUCGACUUCAACUCGACUGCUGCUUUUAGAAACAUUUUAGACUUCACACACACAGAUAUCGAGCUCCCAUAAUGAUAAUUGAACUAUAUAUGUACGGAUGGUGCAAUGUGAAUAUUUUCUUUCGCCAUUUUGCAUCAUGUUCUUUUUCAAAAAUUGAGAAUAUUAUCAUUCACAUGCCCACAGGUGUUGAAGCGUAUAGUCUUUGAAGCGUCGUUUGCUGAUCUAUUGUUUUGCCCUUCACUGCAGCUGAUUUGCGCACCUGCGCCACGGAUUCACAUCAUCAGUACAGCACAGAGGAACAUUGUGCAUUACCACCUCAUGUAAUUAAACCAACAUGAAUGCGUCUUGGUUUCUUCCAAGCCCUUUUAUGUUUGAUAUAUUUUGAUUUCAGCUCCUCACAUUUCUUUUGUCGUGUCCAUCUCUUUGCAUGAACUUUCACUCCGGUGCCAACAGAGGUGCCACCAUGAAUCUUACCCUGGCACGCUUCUUCUUUUUAAAAAAAAGUCAUAUUUGUAUUUUUAUAUCUAAAUAUUUGUUAUUUAAAAUGAUAUGCUAGUAUGUCGUCUUAAAGAUUCAUCAACAAUGAUGUUUAUAUUUCAGAGAAAAAUCUUUAGACAGGGACGAGAGGAUAAUUCGGUUUGGUCGGGAUGGUUUUUUGUUUGUUUUUAAAAAGACUUGAUGAAUGAAUGUUUCUCUGGUUUUUUGCACACCUACACAUCUGUGUUGAACUACUGUUAUAUGGAAAUCGUAAACUGUGACUUGAGCUUUGUUGAAUUUGUUAGAAAAAUGGCGAUAUUAGAAAUCUACUGCACUGUUUACGAAUAUCUUCAAAAAACUUGUUAUUUGACAGGUUUUUGGACAUUACGUUUCUUUUAUUUGAAUUUUUUGCUUUGUUUUGUACCAUUAUUCUAAAGAAACUGACUAUGGUUUGUUGUGCAUGAAACCUUAAUACUUUUCAAUAAUGGAACAUCGUUUUAUUAAGCAAAAAAAAGCAACAAAAAAUGUCAUGACAUUCUAAGAAUGAAUCAUUGCAUAUUAAAAUACCAUUUUCACUGUAUUUGGUGAACUAAUAAAUGGUGGAAGAACAUACA